GUGGAGUUUAGGACCCAGUGAGACACAAACCUCACCUGGCUGCUCUCCCUCCCUCUCUCCUUCCCAGCGGCUUGACGUCAGGCGGAGUGCAGGGCUCGGUCUGACAGAGGGAGGGAGCAGAUUGCCAGCACGAGUGGAGGAGAGUCGCCGCUCGCCCGGGCAGCCGGCGCUCGUUAUGGGAUGUCUCCGGGACUGAAGCAGUGCAACAUGAUCGGCUCGCGGCGGUCCCUGCUCCUGGGCUCGAUCCGGCUGCAGCUGCAGCUCCUCGCCCUGCUCAGCCUCGGCAGAGAGUCCCUGUCCAGGGAAGUUUGUUCCGGAAGUGAAAACAAGCUCACAAUUCUGUCUAAUGUGAAAGACCAUUACCACAAUCUUCGCAAGACUUACAAUGCUUGUGAGGUAGUGAUGGGAAAUCUGGAAAUAACCUUCCUGGAGCCACAUCAUGAUGUUUCCUUCCUUCAAAGUAUUCAAGAAGUUUCAGGUUAUGUCCUCAUCGCCCUCAACAACAUUUCAAGGAUCCCGCUGCAGAAUCUUCGGAUAAUUCGAGGUCAUCGGCUUUACGAGGAUAAGUUUGCCCUUGUCAUUUUAUCAAAUUAUAAGCGGAAAAGGAUCGGGCUUACUGAGCUACAUUUACAAAACCUCACAGAAAUUUUAUCUGGCACAGUGAAAAUUAUGUCCAACCCUCAGCUUUGUUACUUACAAACGAUUCAUUGGGAUGACAUUUUGGACAAUGCCUCAGCAUCUAACAUGGCUACACACUUCACUGAAAAGAUUUGCCCUAAAUGUCAUUUAAAGUGUCAAAAUGAAGCGUGUUGGGGUCCAGGUGUGGUGAAUUGUCAAAAAUUCACAAAGAAAAUCUGCGCUGAUCAAUGUUCAGGUCGAUGCAUGGGUCCCCAGCCCAGUGACUGCUGCCACAUUCAAUGUGCUGCUGGAUGUACAGGGCCAAGAGAACAUGACUGUCUGGCAUGCCGGAAAUUCAGUGAUGGGGAUACUUGUAAAGAAUCCUGUCCUCAUUUGUUCGUCUACAACACAAUCAAAUUUCAAAUGGAGCGGAAUCCAAACGGAAAAUACAGCUUUGGAUCAUCCUGUGUAGAGAAGUGUCCACAUAACUACGCGGUGACAGACCAUGGCUCCUGUGUUCGAGCCUGCAGCCCUGGAACAUAUGAGGUGGAUGAGGACAAAAUCAGAAAGUGUAAAAGAUGUGAAGGACCUUGUCCGAAAGAUUGCAGUGGACUUGGAGUCCCACCGUUGAAGGAUGUUAUGUCAAUCAAUUCUACAAAUAUUGACUCAUUUAAAAAUUGCACCAAAAUUAAUGGCAAUGUGGUCAUUUUGGAAGUGACUUUCAAUGGUGAUAGCUACUCAAAAGCUGCUCCACUUCUCCUGGAGAAAUUGGAAGUCUUCAGAACUGUCAGAGAAAUAACAGGAUACUUUUUAAUUCAAAGUUGGCCAGCCAAUUACACAGAUCUUCAAGUGUUUGAAAAUCUUGAAAUUAUACGUGGCCGGACUCUGCAUCACAGCCAUGUAUCAUUUGCUGUGGUCAACUUGGGCAUAAGCUCCCUGGGACUGCGUUCCCUCAAGGAGAUUAGUGAUGGCUACGUACGAAUCAUCAACAACACAAAACUCUGCUAUGUUCAGACCUUAAACUGGCUACAACUCUUCAAAUCUACCAAACAAUCACACUUUAUAACGAAAAGUAAACCAGACACAGAAUGCACUGCUCAAAGCAAGGUCUGCAGCCCCCUCUGUUCAGUCCAUGGGUGUUGGGGCCCUGGUCCCCUGCAGUGCUUUUCUUGUCGUAAUUACACUCGUGACAGAACGUGUGUUGAGAAGUGUGACGUGUUUGAAGGGAAGGUGAGGGAGUAUGUGGAAGGAUCCCGAUGUUUUCAAUGUGAUGCACAAUGUAAACCACAGAAUGGAUCAAAAACCUGCAGUGACUCCGGCAACAGAAACUGUACAGAAUGUGCUAAUUUUAAAGAUGGCCUGCACUGUGUGAAAAGUUGUCCCUCUGGAAUCUCCGGAGAAAAUAAUAUCCUCAUCUGGAAAUACUCCGAUGAGAAUAAGCUCUGUCAGCCAUGUCACCCAAACUGUACUCAGGGAUGUAAGGGACCAGAGCUUCAAGAUUGUGAAUAUUAUGUUGGUUCCAGCAUUCCCUCCAUUGCUGCAGGAGUGGUUGGGGGCCUGCUUGGUCUGGUCAUGGUGGCUCUGUUGAUUGGAGUGUGCCUGCGGAGAAGGCACGUCAGAAGGAAGCGGACUUUGCGACGUUUACUGCAGGAACGAGAGCUGGUUGAGCCUCUAACACCAAGUGGAGCUGCUCCAAAUCAGGCCCAUCUGAGGAUCCUUAAAGAGACAGAAUUCAAGAAAACUAAAGUGCUUGGCUCUGGAGCAUUUGGCACAGUGUACGAGGGCUUAUGGAAUCCAGAGGGGGAAAAUGUCAAAAUCCCCAUUGCUAUCAAAGUGUUGAGAGAAGCAACCUCACCGAAGGCUAAUAAAGAAAUCCUUGACGAAGCAUAUAUGAUGGCCAGUAUCGACCAUCCCCAUGUUUGCCGGUUACUGGGAAUCUGUCUCACUUCGACUGUGCAGCUUGUCACUCAGCUGAUGACCCAUGGCUGCCUGUUGGACUACAUACGAGCAAACAAAGAAAAUAUUGGUUCACAAUAUCUUCUCAACUGGUGUGUACAGAUAGCAAAGGGAAUGAGCUAUUUGGAAGAGCGCCGGUUAGUACACCGGGACUUGGCGGCCCGAAAUGUUCUGGUAAAGGCACCUCAGCACAUAAAGAUUACAGACUUUGGACUUGCCAGACUUCUGGAUGUGGAUGAAAAAGAAUACCACGAGGAUGGUGGCAAAUUACCCAUCAAAUGGAUGGCAUUGGAAUCAAUCCUUCAGAGGACAUUUACCCAUCAAAGUGACAUCUGGAGUUAUGGUGUGACCAUUUGGGAACUGAUGACAUUCGGGUUGAAACCCUAUGAUGGUAUCCCUGCCUGUGAAAUCCCAAAUAUCCUGGAGAAAGGGGAACGGUUACCGCAACCUCCAAUCUGUACAAUUGAUGUAUACAUGAUCAUGGUUAAAUGUUGGAUGAUUGAUGCAGAAAGCCGACCUAGAUUCCGUGAGCUGACCUCUGAAUUCUCCAGAAUGGCCCGAGAUCCACCACGUUACCUUGUGAUUCAGGGUGAUGAUCGCAUGCACCUACCAAGUCCGAGUGAUUCAAGAUUUUAUCGUACCAUAAUAGAGGAAGAAGAUAUGGAAGAUAUUGUGGAUGCUGAUGAAUACCUUGUUCCUCAUGCAGGUUUCUUUAACAGUCCUUCCACAUCAAGGACACCCUUAUAUACAUCACUGAGCGUGACGAGCAACAAUUCAUCAACUUUGAUGAACAGAAAUGGACAUCAAGGAAUUCCGAAAAGAGAAGACAGUUCAACUUUACGCUACUGUUCUGAUCCAACAGUUCUCCUUGAUGAAGAUGACAUAAAUGAAUGUUUCCAACCAGCCCCAGAAUACAUCAACCAAACUAAAAUUAAUCAACUUCCCAAUCAUUUGAAAAGCCCCGCCUCUGAUAUGGAAAACCCAGGCUACCAGGAGCUUUUUAUCCCCAUCAACAAGAAUGGUAGAGGGCCCGCUACUGACUCUCAGUAUUUAAAUUCGUUCACAAAUGCAGUGGAGAAUCCUGAAUAUGUGAAUGCUUCCCAACCUGUCGGCAAACCGGGUUAUGACCAUCCUAGUCACUGGGACCAGACAGUGCUUCACAAUGUAAGCUUAGACAAUCCUGAAUACCAGGAAAAUUUUGUUCCUAAACAUACAAAAGUGAACGGUCACAUCAAAGCUGCGGCUGAGAAUCCAGAGUACCUUGGUAUUGCACUGCCACCCAGAGGUCAAAUAAGCACUACAGUAUGAUAUGUGCAUGCAGACUUUCCACACCACCUGGUGUCCAAACCCUGUUGGUGAAUUUUAAGUGCAGCUAUGCUGUGGUACUGAUAAUGGAAAUUUCCAUAGGGGAGAGGAAAAGCGAUGAAUGUGAAUAUUUGCUCCUAAGUAAAAACUGUCCUUAAGAUAGUACUGGUGAUGGAACUUUACUCUGACACUUUAAGUUAGGUUUAUAAAACCGAGAAAGGAAAUAGAUUGCUGUUUUUCUUCAGUAGCAUUCCAGAUUUAUUAUAAACACCAUAUUGCAUAGUUAUGUGUAGAUUAUGGCUAAAGAUUGUGUCUUUCAGGCACGAACAUCAGAUCUUGUUUCAAUGCAUAUUUAUACAUCAAAACGAAUAUACAAGUAGUUUAACUUUGAAACACUGUUAGUACUUAAAAUAAAACAGUAAUUGCAGCUCCCAAGUAAUAUGGACAGCUCAGUGGAAUGCGUCCUAAUAUCCAGGUAAAGUGGGCUCUUAAAAACUCAACUAUUCUGGUGUGAUCUGACAAAUGGUGAAAAUGUGGUGGACAUUUCAAAAGUGAAGAGUUUCUCAAAGUGUCCCAUGAGCUUAUGAAUGAAUGUUUAUCAUUGUGAUUUCAACAACUGCAUCUUCCUACAAUCUUUAACACUUAAUAAUUACUAUCAACUUGAGGCAAACAAACAAUUUAAUUAAUUCUCUCAAUUUGCUUUAUACAAAAAAUUCAAAUGUUAUCUGUGAUUGUUAAGUUGACUUUAUUGUCAUAUGCACAAGUACAGGAAGGUGCAGGUAUAAUGAAAAUCUUACUUGCAGCAACAUCACAGGCAAAUAAACUCAGACAACCACACAAAAACAAAUUAUACUGUAAAAGAAUAAAAGACAAGAUUGUCAUUAGGUGCAGUAUUAACCUAAACUUCUCUUAUUCCCCAUUCUCGUAAGCACACAUCCUUCACAUUGCACUGCCAUCAAAAUUAUUGCCAUCUCUCUAUAAUGUUUUGGUUUAAUCCAUAUUUAGGACCCUCAAAUUCACUUCUUGCCAUUUUUCACUACACAUUAAUAAUUAAGGUGAAAUUCUGAAAAGCAAUAGAUGAGAAUGAUCAAAAUGUGAACUAAUUCACACAUAGUGAACCAAAAUUAAAUUAAUAUGCUAUAAACAUUCAGCUGUUCCGGCAGCAUCUAGCAGUAUAAUUAAUAUUUUCCCUCUCUCACUUUGUUUACUGUAUGUUCAGCUUUCAUUAAUUGAUUUCAUAUUCCGUCGCUGCUAUUAUGGGAUUCAAAAUCAUGCUACAGCAAGUAAACCAUAAAGCUAUUAAUUCUAUAGCAUUGACGUUGUCCCUGGAAACUUGAUUCUAGGCAGUUCCAUACUCCUUAGUUAUAGCUGCAAGAUGUCAAAGAAUCUUUAAAGUUUGACUGAAAUUAGAACUAAGUAUAGUUGCUUUAUAUUCCACCUCCCUGUUUUACUGGAACUCGGUGCUUAAGAGAACUGAUGCAUUCUCAACGAGUUCCAAAUAAUGGCCAUUAUGUAAUAAGUGUUUGUGGUGAUCAAUUUGAUAAUGGGAAGGCAAUAUUUGUUAAGAUGGCUGAGUUCUAUGGAUGAAGGAUUAUGGAAAUUAAGAUAUCUAAAUGUGUGUUCUAACAAUGUGGAUUGUAUCCCUUUUUUUAAAUUGUGUAGAUUUUGCAGACAAAUGUUGCUGAGAUUUAAUAAUUUUUUUAAAUAAAUGAACUGUUGAAGCACUAUUUGUAUAGAAGUGAAA